AUGGGGCCCGGCCGCCCGGCCCCUGCGCCCUGGCCUCGUCACCUGCUGCGCUGCGCCCUGCUCCUCGGGGGUCUGCACCUCGGCCGCCCCGGGGCCGCCGUCGCUGCCCUUCUUCCUGAACCCAACGUCUUCCUCAUCUUCAGCCAUGGACUGAAGGGCUGCCUGGAGACCCAAGGUGGGCAAGUCCGAGUCUCCCCAGCCUGCAAUGCCAGCCUUCCUGCCCAGCGCUGGAAGUGGGUCUCCCGAAACCGGCUCUUCAACCUGGGCACCAUGCAGUGCCUGGGCACAGGCUGGCCGGGCACCAACACCACCGCCUCCCUGGGCAUGUACGAGUGUGACCGGGAGGCACUGAAUCUUCGCUGGCACUGUCGCACACUGGGUGACCAGCUGUCCCUGCUCCUGGGGGGCCGUUCCAGCAACACGUCCAAGGCUGGCACCCCUGAGCGCGGCGACCAGACCCGCAGUGGCCAGUGGCGCAUCUAUGGCAGCGAUGAGGAUCUGUGUGCUCGGCCCUACUAUGAGGUCUACACCAUCCAGGGCAACUCCCACGGGAAGCCGUGCACCAUCCCCUUCAAGUAUGACAACCAGUGGUUCCACGGCUGCACCAGCACAGGCCGCGAGGACGGGCACCUGUGGUGCGCCACCACCCAGGACUACGGCAAGGACGAGCGCUGGGGCUUCUGUCCCAUCAAGAGUAACGACUGUGAGACCUUCUGGGACAAGGACCAGCUGACGGACAGCUGCUAUCAGUUUAACUUCCAGUCCACGCUGUCCUGGAGGGAGGCCUGGGCCAGCUGUGAGCAACAGGGGGCAGAUCUGCUGAGCAUCACGGAGAUCCAUGAGCAGACCUACAUCAAUGGGCUGCUCACUGGCUAUAGCUCCACACUGUGGAUUGGCCUUAACGACCUGGACACCAGCGGAGGCUGGCAGUGGUCGGACAACUCGCCUCUCAAGUACCUCAACUGGGAGAGUGAUCAGCCGGACAACCCGAGCGAGGAGAAUUGCGGAGUGAUCCGCACGGAGUCGUCGGGCGGCUGGCAGAACCGCGACUGCAGCAUCGCGCUGCCCUACGUCUGCAAGAAGAAGCCCAAUGCCACGGCCGCCGAGCCCCCGCCUCCAGACGUGUGGGCCAACGUGAAGGUGGAGUGUGAGCCCAGCUGGCAGCCCUUCCAGGGCCACUGCUACCGCCUGCAGGCUGAGAAGCGCAGCUGGCAGGAGUCCAAGAAGAUGUGUCUGCGGGGCGGGGGCGACCUGCUCAGCAUCCACAGCAUGGCUGAGCUGGAGUUCAUCACCAAGCAGAUCAAGCAGGAGGUGGAGGAGCUGUGGAUCGGUCUCAACGAUCUGAAACUGCAGAUGAAUUUUGAGUGGUCCGACGGGAGCCUCGUGAGCUUCACCCACUGGCAUCCUUUUGAGCCCAACAACUUCCGGGACAGCCUGGAGGACUGUGUCACCAUCUGGGGGCCGGAAGGUCGCUGGAAUGACAGUCCCUGUAACCAGUCCCUGCCAUCCAUCUGCAAGAAGGCAGGCCAGCUGAGCCAGGGGGCCGCUGAGGAGGACCAUGGCUGCCGGAAGGGUUGGACGUGGCACAGCCCAUCCUGCUACUGGCUGGGAGAGGACCAGGUGACCUACAGUGAGGCCCGGCGCCUGUGCACCGACCACGGCUCUCAGCUGGUCACCAUCACCAACAGGUUCGAGCAGGCCUUUGUCAGCAGCCUCAUUUACAACUGGGAUGGUGAGUACUUCUGGACGGCCCUGCAGGACCUCAACUUCACUGGCUCCUUCCGCUGGCUCAGCGGGGACGAGGUCAUGUACACCCACUGGAACCGGGACCAGCCUGGGUACAGCCAUGGGGGAUGCGUGGCCCUGGCCACGGGCAGUGCCAUGGGGCUGUGGGAGGUGAAGAAUUGCACGUCGUUCCGGGCUCGCUACAUCUGCCGGCAGAGCCUGGGCACGCCAGUGACCCCUGAGCUGCCUGGGCCAGACCCCACACCCAGCCUCACCGGCGCCUGCCCCCAGGGCUGGGGCUCAGACCCCAAACUCCGGCACUGCUAUAAGGUGUUCAGCGCGGAGCGGCUGCAGGACAAGAAGAGCUGGGUCCAGGCCCAGAGGGGCUGCCAGGAGCUGGGGGCCCAGCUGCUGAGCCUGGCCAGCUAUGAUGAGGAGCAUUUUGUGGCCAAUAUGCUCAACAAGAUCUUCGGUGAGUCAGAGCCCGAGAUCCACGAGCAGCACUGGUUCUGGAUCGGCCUGAACCGUCGAGACCCCGGAGCGGGGCAGAGCUGGCGCUGGAGCGAUGGACUAGGGUUCUCUUACCACAAUUUCGACCGGAGCCGGCACGACGAUGACGACAUCCGGGGCUGUGCAGUGCUCGACCUGGCCUCCCUGCAGUGGGUAGCCAUGCAGUGCGAGACGCAGUUGGACUGGAUCUGCAAGAUCCCUCGAGGCGCGGACGUGCGGGAGCCUGACGGCAGCCCGCAAGGCCGACGGGAAUGGCUGCGUUUCCAGGAGGCGGAGUAUAAGUUCUUCGAGCACCACUCCACGUGGGUGCAGGCGCAGCGCAUAUGCACGUGGUUCCUGGCCGAGCUGGUCUCCGUGCACAGCCAGGCGGAGCUGGACUUCCUGGGGCACAACCUGCAGAAGUUUUCUCGGGGCCAAGAGCAGCACUGGUGGAUCGGCCUGCAUACUUCAGAGAGCGACGGGCGCUUCAGAUGGACAGAUGGUUCCGUUAUAAACUUCAUCUCCUGGGCGCCCGGCAAGCCUCGGCCCAUAGGCAAGGACAAGCAGUGCGUGUACAUGAUGGCCAGCCGAGAGGAGUGGGGGGACCAGAGGUGCAUGACAGCCUUGCCCUACAUCUGCAAGCGCAGCAACAGCACCAGAGAGCAGCAGCCCCCAGACCCACCACCCACAGGUGGCUGCCCCCCUGGCUGGAGCCAGUUCCUCAGCAAGUGUUUCCGAAUCCAGGGCCAGGACCCCCAGGACCGGGUGAAGUGGUCAGAGGCACAGUUCUCCUGUGAACAGCAAGAGGCCCAACUGGUCACCAUUGCAAACCCCUUAGAGCAAGCAUUCAUCACAGCCAGCCUGCCCAAUGUGACCUUUGACCUUUGGAUUGGCCUCCAUGCCUCGCAGAGGGACUUCCAGUGGGUAGAGCAGGAGCCUCUGCGGUACACCAACUGGGCCCCUGGGGAGCCCUCUGGCCCUAGCCCUGCCCCCAGCGGCAACAUACCGACCAGCUGUGCGGUGGUCCUGCACAGCCCCUCAGCUCACUUCACUGGCCGCUGGGAUGAUCGGAACUGCGCGGAGGAGACACACGGCUUCAUCUGCCAGAAGGGCACGGACCCCUCCCUGAGCCCAUGCCCAGCAGCAUCGCUCCCUGCCCCGGGCACUGAGCUCUCCUACCUCAACGGCACCUUCCGGCUGCUGCAGAAGCCGCUGCGCUGGCACGACGCCCUCCUGCUGUGUGAGAGCCACAACGCCAGCCUGGCGCACGUGCCCGACCCCUACACCCAGGCCUUCCUCACGCAAGCUGCCCGAGGGCUGCGCACGCCACUCUGGAUCGGGCUGGCCAGUGAGGAGGGCUCCCGGCGGUACUCCUGGGUCUCGGAGGAGCCGCUGAGCUAUGUGAGCUGGCAGGACUGGGAGCCCCAGUACCCGGGGGGCUGCGCCUACGUGGACAUGGAUGGGGCCUGGCGCACCACCAGCUGUGACACCAAGUUGCAGGGGGCUGUGUGUGGAGUUAACGGAGGACCCCCUCCUCCCCAAAGAAUAAGCUACCGCGGCAGCUGUCCCCAGGGGCUGGCGGACUCGGCGUGGAUCCCCUUCCGGGAGCACUGCUACUCCUUCCACAUGGAGCUGCUGCUGGGCCACAAGGAGGCGCUGAAGCGCUGCCAGAGAGAGGGUGGGGUGGUCCUGUCCAUCCUGGAUGAGAUGGAGAACGUGUUUGUCUGGGAGCAUCUGCAGAGCUCUGAGGGCCAGAGUCGGGGCGCCUGGCUGGGCAUGAACUUCAACCCCAAAGGAGGUACCCUGGUCUGGCAGGACAACACAGCUGUGAACUACUCCAACUGGGGGCCCCCGGGCCUGGGCCCCAGCAUGCUGAGCCACAACAGCUGCUACUGGAUCCAGAGUAGCAGCGGGCUGUGGCGCCCAGGCGCCUGCACCAACAUCACCAUGGGUGUCGUCUGCAAGCUCCCUCGAGCUGAGGAGAGCAGCUUCUCCCCAUCAGCCCUCCCGGGGAGCCCUGCGGCCCUGCUCGUGGUGCUGAUGGCAGUGCUUCUGCUCCUGGCCCUGCUGACGGCGGCCCUGAUCCUCUACCGGCGACGACAGGGUGUCGAGCGCGGAGCUUUCGAGGGCGCCCGCUACAGCCGCAGCUCCUCCGGCCCCGGCGAGGCCACUGAGAAGAACAUCCUGGUGUCCGACAUGGAGAUGAACGAGCAGCAGGAGUAG